AGGGGGGACAACGCGAAGACCCCUGCUCGGGAUCGGCGGCCGCCCGUUUGGAAAUCGAUGUGGGACUGAGUCAUGCCGCAGCGUUACCAGACGCGCCGACAGCGUCCAUGACAGGGGACGAAGCAUCGAUCAGGACAGCCAGAGACCGAAUAAAAACCGACCGAGCCAGACAACCCGCCAGUCCCGCAGGGCAUGGACCCAGAAGCCGCGGCGGCGGUCCCAUGUCCCGCGGGGGACCUCCACCGCUACGCCGCCCUCGCCAGCAACUCGGACGCCUUCGUGGUACUCUCGGCCGCGGCCGCCACCCUCGCCCUGGGUCUCAACCUGACCCAAGUCCUCGUGGUCCUCUGUGUGGCGCGCUCCUGGAAGUCCGCCUACCACCUGGCGCUGUCCCUCUGCGGUCUCCUGGCCGCAGCCGCACUCCUCUGGCACGUGGUCGCCCUGCGCCUCCCUCAGUCCACGUCCAGCUGCGGCGCCGGACCCUCGGCCCUCUCGGUGGCCGUUCUGGUCGGCUACGUCGCCCACGUCACGGCGCCGGUCGUGCAUCGCUGCAUCGCCGACACGUGGCCGAGGUCCUUCUCGGGCCGCGCCCGCAACCGGGGCCUCUGCGUGCUCCUCAGCGGCUUCGCAUGGUGCGAGACGGUGCUCCUGGCAGUUCCGGUCCUGUCCGACUGGCCGUCCCCGACGAGGGCGCGUGACGGCACCAGAGCACCCUGCGCCAUCCCGCGGCUCUGGUCGUCCGCCUUCUCCACAUUCGUCUGCGCUCUCUACACGCUGCACGUCGUCGUCGACCUCGUGGUCCUUGUGGACAUCAGCGCGGCGUCGUCGUCGGGCAAGAGGAACGCCCGCCGUGGGCCUCCGGCUAGUCCCGACGCCCACGCCGCCGCUCAAGAAGACGGUAAUAACAACAACCGGGACGACGAAGACGACGACAGCUUUAAUCCGCGGAACCGAGUGGACCUCGCGCCGCUGUGGUCCAAGUUUGCCUUGCUGCUCCUGGGCACCCUGCCACUCGUCACCACCAUGGCGUACCACAUGGUGACGCUGCCCGAGGCGUCCUGUCCAACGUUCAGGGACUCCCUGCCGCUGUGGACCCUGCUCUGUACCGUCGUGCUAGGCGUCGUGCUGCCGCUCGUGAACGUGUGUAGCGACCCUGUGGUGGCAGGGGGCUCGGUGCACGUGCUGCGCAAGUUCUGGUGCUGCUGUCGCGCGUGUUCAGGGCGCGGGCGACGCGUCGCGCCCAGUCCUGCUGGUCUGCUCAGCCCGUGUCGGUUCUGAAGGGUCAGGCGUAUGCCUCAAGUGACAAUCUUCCGAGGAUGCCGAGGAUCUGUGUUCUGUUGGUAUGAGACAUUUGUCUGCUUGCUUUGUUUCUCGUUUCUUCUUUGUGUCUUUUUCGGUGGUACAAGACAGACUCUUUUCAGCAAUGCUGAACCAUUGUGCAUGCAGCAAUUUGAAUGUCUUUUUUGGCAGAAAGAGACAUAUACCUUCCUGCCACGCUGAGCCAGUGUACAUGCAGCAAUUUAGAGAGUGAGGUGUGAUUUUGGCUACUUGGUUUCUGUAAUAAUGUAAUUAUUAUUAAAAAAAAAAAAAGAA